AUGACUGGAUGGACAAAAUAUGCUCAACAAUGUCCAUCUGCCAUCAUUAAAAAUACAUUGGUUGCUAUCAGACGGAAUAGCACCAACUCUAUUAAACCCACCAAGAGAACACCCACAUACAACAUCAAUUCAAGACCAUUAAAACGAUCCACUCCUGGUACAACUCAUGUCAAACCCAUCUGGUCUCCACCCUCGUUCGAGUCAGAUAUUCUCAUUUAUCGCAGCAACAAUAACAAACUGCUUCGAUUUGCAUAUCUUGCAGCAGGCAUCCAAAUGUUCAUGUGGCUUAAUAUUGCUGAGCUGGCAUGGACAUAUAUGACCGACACAGAGACCGAUGAGCAAGGUGUUGAAACGCAUGAGAGAUCAUCCACCUUGAAACGAGUGGCCGCUAGUGGGAUCUGUGGUUUGUCAUCGCUAGUGUUUCCUGGUUUGGUGCACUACUUUGCUACUCGCAAAGCCAAAACUGUGACUAUCCUUAAAGGUGGCAAGCUGGUUGCCAUUCAGAAUGCUGCAAGAAUUGGCAACAAGAUCAAUGUGUUCAAACGAUUGGAUCUGUCGUCUUCGGCUAGGAUCGUUCCAAUAUUGAAUGCCAUGCAGAACACCCAUGCAAGCGGACUAGCCAACCAGAUUUAUCUCAAGCCUCACAGUAAACGAUCUGGAUAUAUUCUUGAAAAAGAUGGCGAGUUUGUCGAUCCUUAUCUGUACGACUAUCUAUUUUCAAAAUAAACUUUGAACUGGUUUUAUUCAA